GGGACACCCUAUAAAGAGCUCCGGCAUUGUCUUAGAUUCAUUGAUUUCACUGAUUUCAACUAGUCCAGUUGAGUGGUUUGGUAGGAGCUGACUGAAGCAACUGAUUUUGCUGCUUUAUUGGCCUGCAUCUGUGGCUGGAGCCAUGGGGUUUCUCUCAAGAGUGUUGCUGUUAUCCUUACUAGCUGUUGGAAGAUUACAAGCAAAUGCUUCCAGUGCUGAAUCUGCUGAUAAGUUUGGACAGAAUGAGGUGCCAGAUGUAGGCUAUCAACCAGGCUCAAGUAGCUUUAACAUUGGCGAUCCAUCUUCAUGGAGCACUGGAUCACUUGGUGGUGGUUCAACCUCAAGUGCAACUGAGGUGGCAGACUCUAGUGGACCCCUUCAGCCUCAAGUGCCAAGUUACCAGGAGCCCCAGAUGCCCCAGCAGCCACUUCCCCAGAUGCCCCAGCAGCCACUUCCCCAGAUGCCCCAGCAGCCUAGCUACCCACAGAAGCAGCCACUUCCCCAGAUGCCCCAGCAGCCUAGCUACCCACAGAAGCAGCCACUUCCCCAGAUGCCCCAGCAGCCUAGCUACCCACAGAAGCAGCCACUUCCCCAGAUGCCCCAGCAGCCUAGCUAUCCCCAGAAGCAGCCGCUUCCUCAGGUGCCCCAGCAGCCUAGCUAUCCCCAGGCGCCUCAGCAGCCGCUUCCCCAGAUGCCCCAGCAGCCUAGCUACCCACAGAAGCAACCCCCCCAGAUGCCCCAGGCACCCCAGCAGCCUAGCUACCCACAGAAGCAACCACCCCAGAUGCCUAGCUACCCACAGAAGCAACCACCCCAGAUGCCUAGCUACCCACAGAAGCAACCACCCCAGAUGCCUAGCUACCCACAGAAGCAACCACCCCAGAUGCCUAGCUACCCACAGAAGCAACCACCCCAGAUGCCUAGCUACCCACAGAAGCAGCUGCUUCCCCAGGUGCCCCAGCAGCCUAGCUACCCACAGAAGCAGCUGCUUCCCCAGAUGCCCCAGCAGCCUAGCUAUCCCCAGAAGCAGCCGCUUCCCCAGGCGCCUCAGCAGCCGCUUCCCCAGAUGCCCCAGCAGCCUAGCUACCCACAGAAGCAGGCACCCCAGCAGCCUAGCUACCCACAGAAGCAACCACCCCAGAUGCCUAGCUACCCACAGAAGCAACCACCCCAGAUGCCUAGCUACCCACAGAAGCAACCACCCCAGAUGCCUAGCUACCCACAGAAGCAGCUGCUUCCCCAGGUGCCCCAGCAGCCUAGCUACCCUGCCAAGCAGCCCCAACUGCAGGCGCCCCAGCAGCCUAGCUACCCCCAGAUGCCCCAGCAGCCUAGCUACCCCCAGAUGCCCCAGCAGCCUAGCUACCCCCAGAUGCCCCAGCAGCCUAGCUACCCCCAGAUGCCCCAGCAGCCUAGCUACCCCCAGAUGCCCCAGCAGCCUAGCUACCCCCAGAUGCCCCAGCAGCCUAGCUACCCCCAGAUGCCCCAGCAGCCUAGCUACCCACAGAUGCCUCAGCAGCCUAGCUACCCACAGAUGCCUCAGCAGCCUAGCUACCCACAGAUGCCUCAGCAGCCUAGCUACCCACAGCAGCCGCUUCCCCAGAUGCCCCAGAAGCAGCCCCAACUGCCGCUUCCCCAGAUGCCCCAGCAGCCCAGCUACCCACAGAAGCGGCUUCCCCAGAUGCCCCAGCAGCCCAGCUACCCACAGAAGCGGCUUCCCCAGAUGCCCCAGCAGCCCAGCUACCCACAGAAGCGGCUUCCCCAGAUGCCCCAGCAGCCUAGCUACCCCCAGCAGCCGCUUCCCCAGGCGCCCCAGCAGCCUAGCUACCCACAGAAGCAGCCGCUUCCCCAGGCGCCCCAGCAGCCCAGCUACCCACAGAAGCAGCCGCUUCCCCAGAUGCCCCAGCAGCCCAGCUACCCACAGAAGCGGCUUCCCCAGAUGCCCCAGCAGCCCAGCUACCCACAGAAGCGGCUUCCCCAGAUGCCCCAGCAGCCUAGCUACCCCCAGCAGCCGCUUCCCCAGAUGCCCCAGCAGCCUAGCUACCCACAGAAACGGCCCCAACUGCCGCUUCCCCAGGCGCCCCAGCAGCCCAGCUACCCCCAGAAGCAGCCGCCCCAGCAGCUCUACCAACCCAAGCUCUUCUACAAGCUGCCUAGAUUGCAGGCACCCAAGCAUUUCCGCUUUGCGCCCCAGCAGCCUAGAUACCCACAGAAGCGCCUUCCCCAGGUGCCCCAGCAGCCUAGGUACCCACAGAAGCAGCCACCCCAGCAGCUGCCCUACCAGGCCCCAAGGUAUUAAUACUGAAGAUGCUUGGAAGACUGCUGUCAACUGAGAUUGACUUGUCAAAUAAACUUAACUCAACCUUGUA